AUGGCGCUGGGCCAGGAUGCCCUGUCCGGGAGGGACGAACAGGUCGCAGCUCUGAGAGCCUUUCUAAGUGAGCGCUUCGACAGCGGUACUGGUGGGGCUGCCUACCUCAGCGGACUACCAGGAACGGGCAAAACAUUGACCGUCCACACAGCGCUGAGCAACCUGAGUAACUAUCCCUGCGCCCACAAGCAGCCGCCAGCUGUGGUGUCCAUCAACUGCAUGACUCUCCCAGAUGCGAAGAGUGUCUACCGGGCCAUGCUCCAGGGCCUCCACGACCAUUGCAGGGGAUCGGCCACCGAGGGGACAGGUGCCUCAGGAAGCUGCCGGAUUGUGUAUCCUCAGUUGGAGGUGGACCGUCCUUUGUCACCAUCUACGUGCCUUGGGGACAACGUCGACAGCCAGGCUGCCUUUGAGAAGUUAAUCUCGGAAGCACCCAGGGGGAGGAAAAGAAAACGGGGUGGCGGCUCAAGGUCCUUGGAAAACAGGGGUAUGCUUGUUGUGUUGCUGGACGAGAUGGACGGGCUACUAACUACGGACAAGACUGUCCUGUACAACCUCUUCCACCUUGCCAGCACCAGUCCCCGCCUCGUCCUCAUCGGCGCUGCCAACUCCAUCGACCUCACCGAGCGUGUGAUCCCCGAGCUCGAUGCACGGGGUUGCAAGCCCACCCUGGUCCUGUUCCCCUCAUAUCGCUCAAGCGACAUCCUUGGGGUCCUGAGGCAGAGGCUGGCCAGCUGCCCUUGCCAUCCCUUCCAGAGUACAGCUCUGGAGGUGUGCGCCAGGAAGGUGGCUGCCAGGUCAGGGGACAUGCGGCAGGCGCUGCACGCAUGCAGAGCCUCACUCAACAGCGCUGUGGAAGAUGGAGGCACCUGCCAGCCCAUCGGUGUGAAGGAAAUCCUGAGGGCCCUGCAGCCCAUGGAAGACCUGAGGGGCUCAACUGCGACACUGGAGUGUGUCAGGAAGCUCCCUUGCAGCCAGCAGGUUCUGCUGUAUGCCGUGUGGGAGCUAUGCGACUCUGCCUUCCCCUCAACACCCCUAUCCCUGCGGACCCCUGGCAGCAUCCAGUCACCCUGCUCCACUCCGUGCUCUCGUAUGAAGGGCACACUGCAUACACCACGUGCACUCCGCACAACCCGUACACCUCGCACGCCCUGUACGCCCCACACACCCCAUACGCCUGUGACUCCAUCCAACAAGAGCGAUACAGCCCUGGCAACGGUGUACGAAAGAUUUUCAAGCCUGUGCUCCAGCCUGCAGCUGGAGUGCGGGUCAAUGCAGGAAGCCAAGCAGAUGCUGGGCUGCUUGUCAGAUGCCGCCCUGCUGGACAUGGACUGCAAGGGCAAGCGGGGGAGGAACGCCAAAGUCCGGCUGCGGGUCACCCGUAGGGAGAUCGAGGGGGCCUUCAAAGACCAUGCACUGCUCAAAUACAUUGUGAGCUCAUCGUGA